AUGGCGUCUAAACAGAAGGCCGGAAAGACUGCGCCGCGUCUCAUUGAGGAUGUUCAGCUUUAUGAUCCAGCACACGAUCCAGACACAGGUCGUAAUCUCCUCUCAGAAACUCCGCCCAUUUAUCCAGAAGGCUACAACGGCCCACCUGGGUUCAUAUCACCGGAAGCAUGUCGACACCAAUAUGUCCUGAAAGAAGACCAAACUUUUAUGUCAGAGCCAGAACACCGGAGAAGGCCAGGCACAUCGUCUAAGGUCUCAGCCAUUUGCACAAAAUGCCGUUAUCAUCUUCAAGUGGUGGUCAACUACACCAGCCACAUGAGCAUGUUGGGUCAGAAUCAGGGGAAACAUUUGCACCAUUUGGUCUAUCAAUCGGGACGGCAGAAGAAUGGUCUUUUAUCGCCGGAAAACACCACCAAAGGGCAGGUUGUGGAGACAUAUCACUACCAAUGUUCCUACAUCUCAUGCUCGGCUAUGGUAUCCUUGAGGAUUCUUUCACCGAUUUUGAGCCCGGCAUUUAUCCACUUGAUGACUGAUAAAGAGUUGUUGCGGAAACGAGCCGAAGAGGCCAUCGCAUCGUAUCCUGAGUCCAUGGAAGGCAUGGGAGAUCCGCAGCCGUUCAAUGUAUUGGAUAAUCUGCGUCUGUACAUUACCAACGCCCUACGAAACCCACAACGCAGCAAGCCUAUCUCCUCCGUCAAUAAGAGGUUUAUGCACUCUUUUGGCGUGGAAGGUGCUGCUUGUAGAGAAUUACUUGAAUUUCUAGAGUUCAUGUACAAUAAGGAUACUGGGGCAUGGCACCCGCCUAAACCGACAGUUGACGCCGAGAAACCUUACCAAGAUAUGAUGCGUCUCUUUCUUGACGACGUGACACAUGAAUUGCUAGUUCUGAUACAUACUCGGCCGGCUUCAGAUAGAAGAGGAUCUCAGAUUCCUGACCUUCCUCCUUCUGCCAUCCCCGUUAUUUCUAGUGCUCUAGAAGCACAAGACUACCCGACAGCUUUCCGUUACAACGAAUUCAAGAUGGCUGAUGCUCCUUACUAUGAGGACCUGGGGGUGAUGGAGGAUAUGUCAACAUUGCCUGUCAUUGAAGCAUACAAGCGACAGGUCUCAAACGAUCCUGAUAGGACCCCGAUAUACUUGUCUGCUCUCAAGGCUAUCGGCGUUCUGCGUGGUGGAAAAGACAAGGAGAUCAUUGACACAGCCGUCCAGGAAGCUUAUGAACAAGGAAAGUACAGCGUUGAGGACGUUGUGGACGCAUAUCAAUACUUCAAUAUCUACCUAUUCGAUCCAAACCUCACCGAAGACAGCAUCAUUGGAACAUUCUAUGCUUUCCUCAGCUCUACAACGCAAGAUGCCCAAGCGCGUCAGCACUUGUGGCGGAUUGGAGACUCCAGGAGAAGUGCGCGCAUCAAAGCGGCAUCAGAGGACCGUGUGUCUACUGUUGAGCAAGCGAAUAUUUUCUUGGGGGUCGAGGAUCAGACCCCGGAUGAUUUUGUCAUGACUAUGUACACUGCAAAGGUCAAUGACAAUCCGCUUACCAAAGAAUUGGCGAAACGCGCCGUCGCGCUGAUUGCCGAGUCCCGCAAAUCGGUCGCAUUGAACCAUUUCAUCAACACUGGGGAGAUGAUUGCCGGUGAAAUGGACAUUGGUGAUGCCUAUCGUCUACUCCAAAUCCCUGAUCGAACUGUGGACGAUGGGGCAAUCAUUGCUGCAUAUACAAUUUGCAUCGAUGAAAACCCAGGGGAUGCCGAGAGAUACAAUCAGGCUCUGACAAUUAUUGCCAAACAACUGGACAGCUCCACGUUGAGGAAUAUGGCAGGUAUCUCCAACGAGCCUGAUAGAAGCAUGGAAAAUUGGCCGGUCGGAUUACAAAACAUCGGCAAUACAUGCUAUCUCAACAGCCUAUUGCAGUUCUAUUUCUCCGUCCGUCCUUUCCGCGAGUUGGUCUUGGAAUUUGAACGCUUUCAGAUGGAUCCUAAUGACGAGGAAGGCCUUGCAAAGAAACAAGUGGGCUCUCGGAAGGUGACGAAGACGGAGGUCGAGCGAUCUCAGCGAUUCCUCAAUGAGCUCCGGACUUUGUUCCGUAGCAUGAUCACCUCAUCCCAAAUCUCGGUUACUCCCGCCCAGGAACUUGCUCGGUUGACCUUGAUUAGCCCAAGCAACGAGGCGGCAAUACGUCGUCGGUCGACAAUCACUGCUUCUAGACCCGACAUUAUUGGUGAUAUUGACGGUGCUCCUAUUCUGGGGCCCCUUGGGCCUCCACAGCCCCUUCUCGGCGGUCGGAUGGAGCCGGUUUCAUCUUCUAACCAAGUUGAACCCGUACCUAUUCAAACCUUGACCGGCAGCGAUGAUGGCAGCGAUGCAACAUUGGUCUCAGAUGAUAGCAUGAACGAUGCACCUGGACUCUUUGUUGAGGACAAGGAGAAUAACCCGCCGGACCUGGAUCAACUUUCAGAUCAAGCAGAGGCAGGGUCUGAUCAGGAGAUGAAUCUCGACCCAGACGACAGUGUAUCGACCAAUCUACCGCCGCCCAUACCUCCUCGCAACAUCCCGCAAGUUGAUCGAGAAAAGCAAUUGAAGGAGGAGGUGGAAAUUGGCGCCCAGCAGGAUGUGACAGAAGUCAUCAACAACGUUCUGUUCCAGAGCCAGUGCGCCAUCAAACCUCGAGGUAUUGGCAAUGACGGUGAACAGCUUGACCAGAUCAAAGACUUGUUCUACGGCCAAACCCGCUCUUACAUCUCUACUGAGAAAGGCACUCGUUCGAAGGAUGAGCGGUGGUGUGAUAUCAAAGUCGACGUUGCUCAUGGAUCUCGAAACAUCUACGAUGCUAUCGAUGGGGCAUUUGAUAUCCAAAAGAUUAGUGUGGACAACUCUGUGGCUGAGCAGUUCGCUUCCAUCAGCCAGCUUCCACCUGUUCUCCAGAUCCAGGUGCAACGGGUUCAGUUUGAUCCUGUGAAGAAAUGUUCAUUCAAAUCUACAAACCACCUCGAGUUGCUUGAAACUAUCUACAUGGAUCGAUACAUGGACACCAAGAAUCCGGAUGUUGUGGAUCGACGAAAUCAAUGCUGGGAAUGGAAGGCGGCCCUGAAGACGCUCGAGGCCCGCCGAGAAGAUCUUCUCAGGGCAAAGGAGGGCAGUGGCGUCGACAUGGCAACAUUGUUCCGCAAAGUCAAAACUGCGCUACAAGAUGUGAACUCCAUUGAGACUGACUUUGAAACUGGAGCCGAAGCCGAAGUCGAAGUCGAAGUCGAAGUUGAAUCUGAUCUCAUGAAUUCUAUGGCUAGUAUGGAGUUACUGGACGAACUUGAGGGCCUUGCCCACAAGGCAGAGACCGAACUGCAAGCUGUCAACCAGGAAAUCAAGGACACGCAAACCAUGAUUUCCAGCCAAUUUGCUGAUUUUGAUAAACUCCCAUAUCGACUGUACGCCGUUUUUGUGCAUCAUGGGUCGGUCUCGUUCGGUCAUUACUAUAUCUACAUCUUCGACUUUGACAAGAAGAUAUGGCGCAAGUACAAUGACGAGUACGUCACGGAGGUCCAGAACGUGGAUGAGAUCUUCAAGAACGACUCAACCAGCAACCCUCCGACCCCGUAUUUCCUUGUUUAUGUCAACGAUAGCAUGAAAGACCGUCUGGUAAACCCGGUCUGUCGUGAGAUAGACAACAUGGUCGACCUACCCAAUCUAGAACUAGCCACCACCAUGGAGGGUGUUCAGCCCACCAAUCCUGGGCCCGAAAUGAAUAUGGCACCCCCAUCCUAUGAGGAAGCUUCAGCCAUUAAUGGAACUCCAGGUACGGGAAACACAGAAUCCACCAAUGCGGAGACCACAACAUGGCCCCGUUCUCGUCCUGCGACUGACUCGGAGCAGUAUUGGUAG